AUGGGCAAGCACGCUCUCGUCUUUGGUGCGACGGGUAUUCAAGGAUGGGCCGUAGUCAACCAGCUGCUCCACGGCUACCCAUCGUCAGAUACUUUUGAGAAGGUGACGGCGUUGACGAACCGCCCGCCCACCGAGAACUUGCUAUGGCCGCAGAGCGAGAAGUUGCAAGUGGUGAGCGGGAUCGAUUUGCUCAAUGAGAGAGGGCAGGAGGCACUGGAGCAGCAGAUGAGGGAGAAGAUUCAGGAUGUGCAUACUGUCACGCAGGUUUUCUUCUUUGCCUACAUCUUCAAUGCCGAUCCAACAGAAGAGACGAAGAUCAACGUCAAACUGCUGCAGCGAGCAGUCCUAGCCGUAGAAAACCUAUCCAAGUCGCUGGAAUUCAUCGUCCUACCCACCGGAACAAAAGUCUAUGGCGUCCAUCUCUGCUCCGACUUCCCCUUCGCCGACAAACUGCCCCUCCGCGAGGACCUCCCGCGCACGCCCGAGCCGGACCGAAGCCAGAACUUCUACUACCACCUCUGCGACUGGCUCGAAUCGCAAGCGGCCAACAAGGCCUGGACAUGGUGUGAACUGCGGCCGGACGUUGUCGUGGGCUUCGUGCCGAACAAUAACGUCUACUGUCUCGCGCAGACGCUGGCGCUGUAUCUUUCGCUGUUUCGGGAAUUGGAGGGCAAAGGCGCGGAAUGCGCGUUCCCCGGCAACGAGCGCAGCUGGGAGAUUCUGAGCAGUGAUUCGCCACAAGACCUUGUGGCCGAGUUCGCGAUAUAUGCUUCGCUGCAUGCUGAUGUUUGCGGGGCCGGUAAGGCAUUCAACACGGCGGGGAGGGCGAAGCCGGCUUCUUGGUCGGAGAAGUGGCCGGCGAUAUGCGAAUAUUUCGGGCUGAAAGGCACCCCACCGCCGCCUUCGGGCUCCUCGAUUCAAAGCCCAGGUGAUUAUCUCAAUGCGCAUAUCGAACAGUGGAAGGAGUUGGAACGGAAGCAAUCACUUGCUACGGGGAGAGUUGGGAAUGACAGGUCGUUAGCGGGCUACCUCUAUUUCAUCAUGUCGAUGUUUGAUUUCGACAGGCAUUUGGAUCUGACGAGACAGAAUCAGGUGUUGAAGCAGGCUGGACCGGUGGAAGAGUGGGACCCGAAGAGGGCGUGGUGGACGGCUUUCGAUAGAUUUAGGGCGGCCAAGAUUAUCCCGUAA